AUGUCGAAGACCUUUUCUAUGGAUGAAGUGAAGGAGCACAACUCCCAGGACUCGGCCUGGAUUGUGAUCAAGGGUGAUGUUUACGAUGUCACUCCGUGGCUUGAUGAUCACCCGGGUGGCAGCAAGAUCCUGAUCAAGAACGCGGGCAAGGAUGCUACGGACAAGUUCAUGAACUUCCACCCGGACAACGUUCUCAAGGACAUUGCCCCGAAGUACAAGAUCGGUACCCUUGCCGAGGGCUCGAAGCUCUAA